AUCCUGGUUAUUCUAUCGACACUAACUCUCUGGGUCAAAGUCUCCACAGACGAGAGGAGGCAGUUAAUGUCACCAAGGACCCUCCUCCUGCUGCUCGCGGGGGCCCUGGCCCUGACCGAGACCCGGGCGGGCUCCCACUCCCUGAGGUAUUUCGACACCGGCAUGUCCCGGCCCGGCCUGGGGGAGCCCCGCUUCAUCGAAGUCGGCUACGUGGACGACACGCAGUUCGUGCGCUUCGACAGCGAUGCCAAGAACCCGAGGAUGGAGCCGCGGGCGCCGUGGAUGCAGCAGGUGGAACCGGAGUACUGGGACUGGAACACUCGGAACGCCAAGAACAACGCACUAAUUAACCGCAUGAAUCUGAAUAUCCUGCGCGGCUACUACAACCAGAGCGAGGCCGGUUCUCACACCAUCCAGUACAUGUACGGCUGCGAGAUCGGGGAGGACGGGCGCCUCCUCCACGGGUACAGGCAGUUCGCCUACGAUGGCACCGACUACAUCGUCCUGAAUGAGGACCAGCACUCCUGGACCGCGGCCAACACGGCGGCUCAGAUCAGCAAGCGCAAGUGGGAGGCUGAGGAUCUGGCUGACCGCCACAGGGCCUACCUGGAGCUGGAGUGCGUGGGGUGGCUGCACAGAUACCUGGAGAUGGGUCAGGAGACGCUGCAGCGCACAGACCCACCCACAGCACACAUAACCCACCACCCAGUCUCUGACCAGAAGGUCACCCUGAGGUGCUGGGCCCUCAAGUUCUACCCCAAGGACAUCGCACUCACCUGGCAGCGAGAUGGGGAGGACCUGACCCAGGACACUGAACUGGUGGAGACCAGGCCUUCAGGGGAUGGAACCUUCCAGAAGUGGGCAGCUGUGCUGGUGCCUGCUGGAGAGGAGCAGAGUUACACGUGCCAUGUGCAACAUGAGGGGCUGCCUGAGCCUCUCACCCUGAGAUGGGAGCCUCCUCAGCCCACUGUGCCCAUGUGGGGAGUCAUCGCUGGCCUGGUCCUCCUGGCAGCUGUGCUCACUGGAGCUGUGGUCGCGGCUGUGAUGAUGAAAAGGAAGCGCUCAGGUGGGAAAGGAGGGAGCUACACUAAGGCUGCAGUGACCUAAAUUUGUCACCUUGUUUCUGUAGCAUGAGACAACUGCCUUGUUUGGAACUGGACUAUGCAAGACUUGGUCAAGUCCCCAUCUUGAUGUCUUCAAAAUGCUCCAUCCUCUCCUGCAAUGGCAUCUGGGUUUGUUCCUGUGGGCACAGUGUGAGGUGGGAGCCUGGCCCUCCCAGCCCAGCAUGGACACCUCCUUCCCUGUCUCAAAUCAGGUGCAUCUGCUGCAGCUUCAUCCUUCCCUGUGCAGAUCUGAACAGCAAAUCAUUUCUUUUUUCCAGUUCUUGUCUGGGGGAUUGGUGAGAAAAUUGAGAGGAAAUUCUAAAACUUGACAGAGAAAAUAAACAGAAAACCUGAAAACCUUUCACAA